UAAGUAGGAUUCUGGCGCCUAAAGCAACCAUCUUCCUUGCAUUGCUUAAUGCAAGCACACGGGGAGUGCCCUUUAUCGUAGAAUUUCAUUUUCUUCAGAUAUGGACGUUAAAUAUUUGAUCUUGAUUUGGUUUUUAGUGAUUUAGUUUCGUUAAAAUGAGAGUGAAACCAAGUUCUAGAGGUUGCUGUUGGUGGUUUUUGGUGGUAGUAACAUUGGCAUUGGUUUAUGAUGCCAUUGUCUAUACAGUCCAGAAGAAAACUGAGGAAUCUGAAGGGGCUGCUCCUAUUACAGGGCCUCCUGGUGCUAUUGAGAAGAAAUAUGCUGAUGCUCUCAAAAUUGCUAUGCAAUUCUUUGACAUUCAAAGAUCUGCCGAGUUGGGAUAUUGUAACAAGUUUAGUUGGAGAGGGGAUUCAGCUCUUACAGAUGGAAGUCAAGCGAAAUUGGAUCUUUCAAAAGGCAUGUAUGAUGCUGGGGAUCUUAUGAAGUUUGGUUUUCCAAUGGCUUUUACUGCUACAGUACUUUCAUGGGCCAUCCUCGAGUAUGGAGGUCAAAUGGCUGUAGUGAAUCAGUUGGAUCCGGCUCAAGAUUCGCUCAAAUGGAUCACUGACUACCUUAUCAAUGCGCAUCCUGAAGAGAAUGUGCUCUACGUUCAAGUUGGUGACCCUGAAAUUGAUCAUGGUUGUUGGGAAAGACCUGAAGUUAUGAGUGAAAAGAGGCCUCUUACUCAGAUUAAUACAUCUUCUCCUGGGACAGAAGUUGCAGCUGAAACUGCAGCAGCUUUGGCUUCAGCAUCUUUGGUGUUUAAAUCUGAUUCCAGAUAUUCAAGUGCGCUGCUUAAGCAUGCUAAAGAGUUGUUUACUUUUGCCGACAAAUAUAGAGGUUCUUAUAGUGAAAGUAUCCCAGAAGUUUCCACGUAUUACAACUCAACAGGAUACGGGGAUGAGCUCUUGUGGGCAGCUAGUUGGCUCUAUCAUGCAACGGGGGAUAAAUCAUAUCUUCAGUAUGUGACUGGGAAAAACGGUGAAGUCUUCGCACAAUGGGGAAGUGCAACAUGGUUCAGUUGGGAUAACAAACUUGCAGGAACACAGGUUUUGCUGUCGAGACUAACUUUCUUUGGCAACAAAGACACCUCAAACUCAGGCCUUCAGAUGUAUAGGAAAACAGCCGAGGCUGUUAUGUGCAGUCUCAUCCCUGAUUCUCCAACUGCCACACAGAGUAGAACAGAAAGUGGUCUUAUAUGGGUCAGUGAAUGGAAUGCUUUGCAGCAUCCCGUUGCUUCUGCAUUUUUAGCUUCUCUUUACAGCGAUUACAUGCGUAGUUCAGGAACUGCAAAGCUAUCCUGCAAUGGAUAUUCAUAUAAACCAUCAGAUCUUCGGAAAUUUGCUAAAUCCCAGGCUGAUUACGUCUUGGGAAAUAAUCCUAUGAAGAUGAGCUUUCUUGUUGGGUAUGGCGAGAAUUAUCCACAAUAUGUGCAUCAUAGGGGAGCUUCAAUCCCAGCUGAUGCAAAAACUGGUUGCAAAGAUGGCUGGACAUGGCUUGAAAGAAAGGAACCUAAUCCCAACGUAGCAACUGGAGCACUUGUUGGUGGUCCCUUCUUCAAUGAAAAAUUUGUCGAUGAUCGCAACAAUUCAAUGCAGGCAGAGCCAACCACCUAUAAUGGUGCUGUGAUUGUUGGCCUCCUCUCAGGUCUUGUCACCACUUCUUCUGCAGUUCCAUCAUUCACCUAAAUCAAUCCUGGCAUAUAAUUAGGUACACAUUGUUUGUAUCGUAUUGGUUAUUGUCGUGAGACGUUCACUUCAAAUUAGUGUUCAAUAGCUUGUUUCAUACAAUUAAGUUUGAGACAAGAUUCUAGUGCAUGGAGCUCUUUUCCCUUGUUCUUGAGGGAGGGCCCUGAAUAUAAAUGUUCUUCUAGCAGUAUUUUUUUGCCAAUUUUGUUGAAAUUA